AUGAGUUUAAAAGAUGGUGAGCUCAUUGAGCAAGUCGAAAGUUUUUCCUUUUUAUAUAAUAAAAAUGCUCCCAGUUUUAAAGACAAAAUUGCACGGGAAAAUGCGUGGAAGACCAUUUGGUCAAUUUUGGAAGUGCCUGGAUACAUUUUCACAAGUGUCCCAGAUGUCCACAGAGGACACAUCAAUAGAGGACACAUCAAUAGAGGACACGUCCAUAGGAAGUUUGUCAGUGUGUCGAGGAUAGAACCAGCUCCACAGAGCCCACUACUUCAACGCCAUCUUCAAGUCGCCAAAGUGGCAAUCCCACCCAAAUGUCAGAAUUGCGGGCUGACACCCGGGCCUGUAAGAGAAGGAAGGUGGAAGAUGGAGAGCUAG